GAAAACAAGAGCAGAGCUGCCUGUAGAUGGCGCAGUUUGCGCUGAGUUCGUACAUCAGGGAACUGCAGGAUUCGAACGGAAGAAACAAAAGCCAAGGGAGCUGAGGCCGCGCCUCCGGAGCAGUGAAGCUGCCGCCUCCUUUACCCUCUUUACGAGCCCGCAGUGUCCUACAGGGGGAGAUGCAUGGAAGCGGAGCCCAGUGGGAACUGACAGCGGACACCGGCUUGUUUGCGUCUCACUGACGGGUGAGUGUGGAAGUGGCAGAUGCCCAUUUGGUGCUGCCGGAAUAGCAGUGCGGGAGCAGGACAAGGGCUUGGUGCAGAUAAGAGGCUUUCAGCAGCUGGAUACUGACUUGUACUCUGCACUCUGUCUCAUAAGGAGCAUGGCAUCACUUUGUGCCCUGGCGUGCUUCCUCCUCAUCUUGCACUUGGCAUCCUCAGGUCCUCUGCUUGAUGCUCAGUGUUCACUCUCAACUCUUACUGAAUCCCACCCUGUCCAAGCCUUUCUUGAGAGUUUCACCGUUUUAUCUGGCUGUGCAAGCAAAGGAACAAUAAACUAUCCUCAAGAGGUACACAUAAUCAAUUUGAAAUGUGUGGAGGAAGAAAACUGUCUGCAUGAAAAUGAGGUCACGUUACAUUUGGCACCAAUCUCUUCAAUUUCAGUACAUCAGAAGCCUCUGGUGUUCAUCCUAAACUCUCCGAGCCCCCUAACCUGGGUGCUUAAAACAGAGGGAUUUGCAGCAGGUGUACGAAGAUUUUUUUUUGUUUCUCAAGGCUCCUCUGUUAAAUACGAGGCAGAAAAUUUUACCAUGUUUACAGAAACAGUCGAAAAACAUCUUCCUCAAGGAAAUGAACAUCUGUUGCAGUGGGCCCAAAAGAAUUAUGAAGCAGUGACAUCGUUCACCGAAGCAAAACUGUCCAAAAAUAUUUAUAUCAAAGUUGGUGAAGAUCCAGUUUUUCCCUCGAUAUGUAAAAUAGAAAAGAAUUUUCUUUCUCUGAAUUACCUUGCUCGUUAUCUUCAGCCUCAGCCUGCUCAAGGUUGCAAAUUAACAGCAUCUAAUGAGGAAAGGGAGGUUCACAUAAUUGAAUUAGAUGCUCCAAGCUCCAAACAAUACAGUUCAUUCCAGGUGGACAUAAUAAUUGACAUCAGACCACUUCAUUCAGAUUCUAUGCUUGCCAGAAAUCUUGUUCUUAUCCUCAAGUGCAAAAAUGCUGUCAACUGGGUUAUCAAGACACAUAAUGUUAAGGGAAAGUUGGAAGUACUGGCUGGGAAUACAGUCAGCUUUGGAAAAGAUGCUGAUAAGUCCUUGUUCACAAGCAAAUCAGUGAUCCCUAACAUGCCAUCGACUAAAGCAAGUUUAAUGAAAUGGGCCUUUGACCGGGGAUUUAGCCCUGUAACUUCCUACACUUAUGCACCAAUUGCAAAUCAAUUCCAUAUUAGACUCUUUGAUGACAUAGAAUUGAAUGAUGAAGAUGACCAUUUAAUUCCUCCAGAGCUAAUUGAGCUGCUAGAUACGCAUAAGUCUUUUAUACCCGAGAAAUAUAGCCCAAUAGACAGAGAGAAUGGUAAGGAGGGAGAGGCUGCACAUUCCUCAAAAGACAUAUUGGAUUCAAUAAUUCACGGUCUUGGAAUUGAAGAGCUUUCUCCAGAACCCAAGGAACCUGAAGAAGUCCAGGGGAAUAUAAACAUAGCCCUAUCUGUGAAAUGUGAUAACCAGAAGAUGGAGGCUUCAGUAGAAAAGGAAAGUCUACAGGCAUAUGGAUACAUAGGGACUGAGCUUUCUCUCCUCGAUCCAACAUGCCGUGCAUCAGAAAAUGCCACUCAUUUUAUCUUAAAGUCCUCUUUGACUGGAUGUGGAACACAGCAUAACAUUGACGACUUAAAAAACAUUGUUUACUACAACACUAUUGUUAUACAGCUGUCACCACCCACUGAGGGAAGUGGCUGGUCUAGCGAUUACGUGGAUUUGGAAUCUGGAGAUAACGGUUUUCCGGGAGACACAGAUGAAAUUGAAAUAGGUCUUCCCUACUUGAAGAGGCCUGAAAUUGUGGUGUUUAACUGCACAGUGCCACAAGAGACCAUGUCUUCCGAAGAUGUUGUAAUUUUUGAACGUCCAGAAUCCACUAUAAACAAUGUUACAUUUAACAUGGAUCUCUAUAAAACAGAUCUGUUCCUUACUCCUUCUCAGAAGCUUUUCUCUGUUGCCGAAAAUGGACAAGUAUAUGUGGAGGUUUCUGUAACGAAGGCAGAAAAAGAUUUGGGUUUUGCAAUACAAACAUGCUUUAUUUCACCCCACUCCAACCCAGACAUCAUGUCAGAAUAUACAAUAAUAGAAAAUAUAUGUCCAAAAGAUGAAUCCGUGAAAUUUUACAAUGUGAAGAGAAUGAACUUUCCUGUUCUUGCAGAACAAAUGGAUAAAAAGAGAUUCAGCUUUAUGUUUAAAUCUCUGUUUAAUAACUCACUGCUGUUUCUGCAUUGUGAGCUAACCUUGUGCACCACUAAUGGCAAAGAGAUGGAAGGGCUGCCAAAGUGUAUUCCCCCUGAUGAAGCCUGCACUUCUCUCAAUGUUGAGAUGAUUGUGGCAAUGAUGCAGAACAAGAAGACAUUUACUAAACCUUUGGCUGUUAUUACUCCAGCAGUAAAAACCCCAGGUCCCUCCUUAAAAGGCCCACCUGACCAUCAGGUUUUCUAUGGCCUGGAUACUCCGACAGUUGUAGGGAUUGCAUUUGCUGCAUUCAUUAUUGGAGCACUAUUAACUGGAGCAUUAUGGUUCAUCUAUUCUCACACAGGUGAAACAUCAGAAAGGCAGCAAGUCCCUACAACCCCACCGGCUUCAGAGAACAGCAGUGCAGCACACAGCAUUGGCAGCACACAAAGCACUCCCUGUUCCAGCAACAGCACUGCCUAACCCAAGCAAGGGGACGACUGAAGAUCAACGUGAAGGGCAGGAGUUCAAAGUCACUGUUUGUUGAUAUUAGAUUUCUAAGCUGGAAAGAUUUAUUUGGCUUCUUUCUUAAAGGGAAGAGAGAGAUCUCAGUGUAACAUCGCCUGAUUUUUAUUUUUUUCCUGGUUGGAUGCAGUCUUUGGUCCUGUCCAGAGCUUUUCAUGCCAAAGAGUGGUUAUACUACUAAUUAUGCAGUGUGUAAACCUGCAACAUGGGUUCCUUGGCUCUCAAUGUGAAGUGUAUGCCAGUUUAAGUAAUGCUGCUUCUAUCCUUUCAACCUGCAUCUGUGCUCCAUGGCUUUGUAUACCGCAGAAAAAAAAAGAAUAUCUAUUUGGUAUAUUCUGAAGCUGCCAUGGACGCUCCAAUGCAGUGUCAAUAUUUAGCCACUAUAAAGCAGCACUUUCUCUAAUGGUUCUUUAUUGCUGUUUUGUUGCUCUUCAGCUAUAUGCAUUUCUUCAUGGACCAAUAUUGCCCGAAGGUUUGUCUCAGUAAGCAUCUGUUUAUAUAGAGUAUGAGCAACAGUUUGUCUUAAUGUGACUGUAGAGACAGGACCGCAUAGAUACAGCUUUAAUGAGUCUGCCUGCUGCACUUGGAAAAAUGCUUUAAAUGUUCUUCAAGUGCCUUUUUAUAAGUGAGGUUUUCCAGGUCUCCUUCGUUUUUAUUGUUGUGAUACAAUAGUGAGGCUUUGGUUCUUCUGAGGGCAGUUGUCAAGGACAGAGGCUCUAAAAUCCUCUGCUCAUUCUGCUUGAGUGUGGCUGAAGUCUAUUGCUGAGCAACAGGCACGAGUCGCCUUAGGUUUUUGUGUUACCUGAUGAGGGGUUUUUUAACACUACCUGUGAGAAAGAUUGAUUGAAUGUAUACAAGAACCUGGAAUGUUGGCAUAAAAAUAUAAUAUUGCUAAUAGUGUUUUUUUUUAAAAAGGGAAUUGUGGAAUAGAUUUAUUAAAGUAUCCUGCCAUCUAAGUUUAGUAAAAGAGGGGAAGAUCUCUUAUUUGUGUUUUAUUCCAAAGGUUACACUGUUUAAUAGCUACCAGUAGCUUUUGUAUUAGAGCAGAGGUUUCAGAAACAUAACAUCACACAAUAAUUAUUUUUCAUGUAUGAUACAAUCUUCUCUGGCUAAAUGGCAAUAAGGAAGGCAAUGUAAUAAAAGUACUGGCCUGCUAUCUGAAAUAGGCGCUCAGUAGGUUUUUAAUGUCAGAAUAUCUAAUUUAUAAGCAUACUGUAUCUUUAUCUCACCACAUAGUGUAUACAGAAUGAUUUAAAGAGUGACGUUUAUCUCGCUGGUGACCAAGAGGCAAUUGGCAGGAAAAUGCUUCUGUGGCACUUUGCUGAGGAUUGGAUAACACCAUGAUUUCGUUUGUAAAUUGGAGCUACUACCUAGCCAGACAAAACAACAGUAUUUUGGCUGAAGGGGCCAAGUGCUGAUCCAUCUGGAAUCUUCAUUUGUGCAACCCCUGCACUCCCUUCUUUAGUAUCUCUUUAUGAAACCAUGCACUCAGAGCACAUAGAUUGAUGAUAAUUUAUUUGAAACCCUCCUUAUUAUGUGUAGUUUCCCUAGUUUUCUUAACACAUACACAAUAUCUUGUUAAUAAUAUAAUAUUACAGCUGGCAUUCACAGUUACAGUAUUACAACCAAAUUAUAUUUAUCUCUUGUAUUAUAAGCAAUACUGUUUUGCCAUCUGUAUUUGUUUGAAUCAUAGAACCUUUAAUUUAAGUGCAAUAAUACACAUCACAUCAUAUCAAUGUAGACUCCUACAUUGUCCAGAAUCACUCUCUAUGUAUUAUAGGGCAUAAUGAGUGUAUAAUUCAGUGUAUAAUUACUAAACCUGUCCUUAUCUCUACAUAUUUGCAAAUCUACCUGGCGACUUUUAAUAUGAUUAUUUACAGGAUGGGUUACACAGUGCCAUGUAAAAAGAGUUUUAUCUGGUUUCAAAAAGAAAUACUGUAUGUGAUAAUAAAGUAGGAGAACAGAGUGGUCAGUGACAUAUACUGUGAGCUAGGCACCCCAGUUGCCAUUGUUAAGGAUACCAAUAUUCACUAGUUGUUUGCAUGCAACAGCAUACAGGGAUUUAAACUGUGCUACAACUCCUACCAUCAUCUGACAAUAAUAACUCAAUAGUUCCAAUUUAUUAGCUCCUGAAUGAGAUACUUUGAUUUGUAUCAUUUAAAUCAGUUUUUUUUAAAUUCCAUGUGCAUAUGGAUGCAAACUGCAUAUUAGGGAUGCUCAUUCUACUAAACUGAAUAUUAAAAUAUGAUGUUGGAGUUGCAGCUUAGCAACAGUUGCAGACAGUCAGUCCUGCAGUAGAUAGUGGCUAUUGCUGUGCUCCUUAUGCUUCAUGUAGUGGGGAAAAUCACAAUAAGCCUGUGUACUUGUUUCAUUCACUUGAACGAGUGCAACUUGCAUGCUGGGAUAUGAUAUUGUAGGCUUUUUGCUAUAUCUUGCUCUCUUUAACUUUGUUAAUCAAUUUAAUUUUGUUCUCAGCUUGUGCUCAGAGUUAAGAAAGCUAACUCUCUUGCUAUCAGAGACAUUAAUAACCCAUGGUUCUCCUUAAGGGGUUGCAGUAAAGCUCACAGUGGUCACAAAUACAUCCAGACCCUCUGUAGUCCCAGCUAUUUCCCCUGUAUCUGGUAUACAGAAGCCACAAAAGUCACAAUCUCAGGAGAAUUAUGGAGCCCUGAGUGACACCAGAUAGGUAGAGCAGAGCUUGGCCCCUAGGCUAGCAUACUACAGCAGUCCCGCUCCAGAUUUAGCAAUACUAAUGGUUCUAUUAGUGCCUCUGACAGGCUAAGGGCAAGGGCACACUGAACGAAUUAUUCACUUUCCUCAGCCGGUGUUUUCUGAGUAUAUCGGUGCGGAUAUGCAAAACUUACACACUGCUCAGUGUAGCUCCACAGAGGCCAAUGUCAUGCCUGUCAGUUGGGCUCCACAAAAGAGCAGCUGAUCCACUUUCCUCUAUCUGUGUACCAAACGCAGGCUGACGAAUGCAGAUGGUCUGCUCGGUGUGCCCCUGCUCUAAGGAAUAAUAUAAGCUACGGAACCGUAUUGUUGGACAAUCAUGAGCUUUGCCUAACCUGCAGCUGAAUGUAUUUUACAAGCGUAUUCUUUGUACAAAAAAAACUUUUAAAUGUCUUCAAAGAAGACAAGAGUCUUUACUAUACAUAUAGCUAUAUUUUACUACAGUAUAUAUAUAAAGAUUAUAUUUAAAUGUUUAAGAUAAAUGUAAGUUACUCUAUACGUUUUUUUUUUUUUAAUUAUGUCAGUUACUGUGAAUUUUAACGUCCCCUUGUAAAUCCCCCCCACCUGACUCCAUCUCAUAGUUGGCAUUCUCCAAAAUCCUGAAUCUAAAUAUGGGCUGGACUACAAAUGUUUGUAAACACUUUAAAUGUAUAUGUUUGAGAAAAAAAAUAUUUGUAUAAUCAAUUUACUUUAUAAAAUAUAUGUCUAUAUUUACAGUUCUAAAGAUAAAAAAAUCACAUUUCUUUAUACAGAAUGUCACUUUAUUGGCAUAUAUUGUAUGCAAACUAUAUGGCCAUUUGUCUGUACUAAAGUUGGAACUUACACAAAGAGAAAUGCAGUUAUUCUUUAGUACAUCAAUCUAUGUUUGGAAUGUGUGUGUGUGUGUUUAUGUGUAUAUUGCUUAACUGCCAGCUUUUACAGAGUCAUGUAUACAUCUCAUUAUUUGAUUUUAUAUCUGUCAGUUUGGGUUGUUCUCAGAACUCGAGUACUAAAGGUAAUUCAUUGGAAAGACUUGAACACAGGUAACCUUUUGCCAAGUGCAAUUCCCUGCAUCGACAGACCAGUGUUCUGUGAAAAAGUUGGCAUAACAAAGGUUGUGUCUGGAAGGUUCAUGGCUCCCAACAUUACCACGUUAGAAAACUGGGACAUUUUACGGCAGAUCUCAAUACAAAAUCACACUAUUACACAGAUCCUGCCAAAAUAAGGGCAGUAGGGAGGUAUGGUAGGUGACAGCUCUCCUUGGCAUCGCUUAUGAAUUUACAUGACUGCAAACCUGAAUCUGGACCACAGAUGGCCAGCUUUAAAGUGGUUGUUCACCUUUAAAUUAACUUUUAGUAUGAUGUAGACAUUGAAAUUCUGAGACAAUUCCUCAUUUUGUAUUUUUUGUGGUUUUUCUAGCUUUUUGUUUAGCAGCUCCCCAUUGGUAUUCAGCAGCUAUAUGGUUGCUGGUUUUAUUUACCCUAGAAACCAGGCAGUGGUCUGAAUAAGAGACUGGGAUAUAAAUAGAAGAGGGUCUAAAAAGAAAGAUAAGUAAUAAAAAUUAAUAAUAGCGACAAAAUUGUAGCCUAAUCGAGCAAUGUUUUUUAUCUGCUGGAGUGAGUGACCCCCCAUUUGUAAGUUUCAGAGAGACAAAUAAUAAUAAAUAAAAAAAACUAUAAAAAAUAAUGAAGAUCAACUGAAAAGUUGCUAGGAAUAGGAGAUGCUAUAAUGAAUUAAAAGUUAACAUAAAGGUAGACUACUUCUUUGAGCCUGCUAUUGUGAUGUUUGCUGAUGCUCAAGUAUUAAUGUGUGUAAUCACAUGAUUCAGGCCACUGGUAAUUAUUGGAAUGCACUUUUUUGUAAUAACUCCACUGAGCAAGUAAACUAACUAUAUGAUAUUGUACAGCGGAUCUGGAAGCUUAUAGCCAAGCUCAAGGCUUCACGGAAACUUUGAAAAGCUGGUGUGCGGGAUCUGGUUUUAUAAUUAUGAACACUAGAUGAUAUUGCUCUAUCCAGAUCCACACCAGAGACACCCUACAGAAAGCUCAGUUAUUGGGGUUGCCACCUCAUAGACCUAGUCGUUGCCCUGCACUGCAGCAUGAGUAUUCUAGAAGUGCUUAGUUCUAAUGAGAUGAGGAAGGAUGUUACUGAGUAUGGCAGAAGGUUAUUCAGCUGUAAACUUUGGCUUUGUGUCUUCUUGCCGCACAGUAUGUAUGGUUUUGUGCUUAUUUUUGAUAAUGAACUUAAAGAAAUCCCCAAAGCAAAAUAUCUAAUUACAAUUUGCAUAAUUCUAGAAAACAACUAAUGCAAAUCUCCCUGUGUAAUAUGAGCCUGAAUCUGAGGCCUCCAGACCUAUCCGUUGCAUAUGGUUUCCUUCCGUUAAAGCCAUGCGUUAUCAGUUUUACUUUCAGGCAGCAGCUUGCGGUUACUGAACAGCUUUCAGCUCAGAUUACACAGCAGAGGUGGGAGGGGGAGAGAGCAGAUAGGGUAGGGGAAGAGAGGAGCAGGAUUUUUCUGACUCAGAAGCUCAUGUAUACAAAAUAAAAGGAAAUAAAUGUGGCGUUUCUUUUCACUGAGGAUUCAGAGCAGCAGUUCUGUGAGUGCUUAUGGCUGUAUUUACAUAGACCUUUCUGAUAAAGGUGUUUUCACCUGAUUCAGUUUGAGUUAGUACAAAAUCUGCUGAAAAUACAGUAAAAUCAUAACAUGUUUAACUUCUGUCAGCAAGUUUUAAAUAGUUAGGCCCCCUAGGAUUUACCCUUGUUAUCCCCCGAGAUAGGCAGCCAAGACUAAGCAGUUCAACUAAGCAGGUCCCAGAAGACAAAUAUUUUGCCAAUCCUUUUCUUCGUUUAGUACAUUAAGCAUUAAAUAGAUUGGUCUUAUUCUUCAGCAGUAGGGACAUUUAAAUAGUUUAAACCUUAGUACAUAUGCCAGAAUAUACACAUGCAGAUUUCUCAAAAUUUGGACCUGUCUGCAUUGUAUAUUUGUGCUAUUCUGCAAUAUAAUAUCUACCUCAUUGUGAAAAAGGAAUAUUUAAAAGUCUGUCAUGAUAAAUAUCUGCUUGCAAAUAACAUUCAUUAAUAGAGGAAAAGUGAUUGAAAUGUAUACUGUGUAGUUCCGUCCGGAAUGAUCAAUUUUUCAACAAUUAAUUGUUAUCAAGACUUGUUGCAAUAAUCAUAUAAAAUAAAAUGCAAGGUGGUAUCGCUGGCCAGUUUAAGCACAAUAAAUUUGUAUUGUAACCCACUUAUGUUUUGUUCAAGUUGAAUGUGUCAUGUUGUUUCUUCUAUAUUUGUGCAUAAUAAAGAUAUAAAUCUAAAACUU